UAAUAAUUGGGUUCCGCCAAGAUAAACGUUCCACCUCCCCUAACUCAUCCCACCUAAAUCAACCACGUUCAAUAACACCAUCAACAUGUCGGCUAUCGCAAAGACCAUCGUCGCCACGGGCGCCUCAUCCGGCUUGGGCUUCGAGGCCAUCAAGACGUUGCUCGGGCAGGCGCAGCCCUACAAGUUCAUCCUCGGCGCCCGCAACGUCGGCACCACCGAGGCCGCCUACAGCAAGCUCGGCUUCGACAGCACCAGACACACCCUGACCGUCCUGCCGCUCGAGCUGUCCGAUCUCCGCACAGCCAAGACGUUUGCCCAGCAGACGCUCGAGCACCUCGGCCACGACAAGCUCGACUACCUCUUACUCAACGCCGCCACCACCUCGGUCGGCGCCGACCCCUCGCCCCACGGCCCCGCCAAGUGGUGCGAGGCCUACGUCGUCAAUCAUCUCUCGCAGCACUACCUCAUCCACCUGCUGCGCGAGAAGCUGGCCGCGUCCAAGUCGCGCGUCGUCGUCGUGUCCACGGGCGCCAUUCGCCAGAUCUCGGAUCCUAAAACCCUCGACGUCGACCUCAAGGCGGGCUCCGCCGCCAAGGGCCUCGACCUGUACGCCGCCGACAAGUUCGCCCAGUUCCUCGGCGCGCAGUGGUGGCGCCGCCAGCUGCAGGGCCAAGCCACCGUCGUGGCCGUGUCGCCGGGCCUAAUCCCCGACACCGGCCUCGGCCGCGGCGGCAACAUGACUAUCCCCGACAACCUUCCCGACGCCAAGUCGGUUGCCGAAGGAGCCGCCAGCAUCCUCGCCGCCUUCACGCGCGACGACGUCCCCGCCGACCCCGAGCAGGUCUUCCUCACCAGCUGGGGCGAGUGGUGGCCUAAGGAUGUCUACGCCCCGGCCCUCGACAAGGACCUCCAGGACAAGUGGUCGCCGUCCAAGGAAGAGAUCGAGAAGGAGGCGGGCAUCUCUGCUUAGCAAGCUUCUGGCGGCUGUUGGUAAGUCGAGUUGGAUAAUUUGGGGUUGAAUUACGCACGCAGAAGCCUGCUUUCCGAAGAUGGCAGCAGAGGAUUGAAAGAUGUCGCUGUUUCGUUGCGUUCUCAUAUUGCCAG